CGUGUGUGCUGCUUGGAGUUUCUGCACGUGUGUGUCUGUAACUCAAGGUUUGUCUUGCUCGUUGCGUGGCUAAACAAAGCAGACGGUUCGUCCUUUCUCCGGCCACUCGUCAACAUGGAGGAGGCCAACAAGCUAGUCGGCGCCGGGAGGAAGCUCCUUGUUCUGGGGAAGGCGGUGGAGGCGGUGAGCGCCCUGCAGGAGGCCUGCGACUUGCUAGCCAAAAAGUAUGGCGACACUGCAGACGAGUGUGGAGAGGCUUUCUUCUGGUGUGGAAAAGCUCUGCUGGAUUUAGCUCGAAUGGAGAACUCUGUUCUAGGCAAUGCUUUGGAAGGAGUGCCUGAGGAAGAUGAGGAGAAACCCAAAGAUUCCAACGUUGAGAGCACUGAAGGUGUUAGUGAGAAGACCAGAGAUGAGCUGAGGGUUCAGGUGUACGACGCAAUGGCAGAGAAGGAAAAUGAACAGAACGUUGACGAGAAGCAGAGCGAGAGUGCUGAGGAAGAGACAACUAAAACCUCGCAGGCUGCAGAUGAACAAAAACCAGAAGAGAUGGAUGAAGAAAAGCACAAGGAUGGUGAGAAGACCAUGGAAACUGAAGAGAAGGAACGCACGGCUGUUUCUGAAGAGGAAACACCCAAAGAGGAUGAACAUGCAAACGAAGAGAAAGCAGGAGACGACGAAGAGGAGGAAGAAGGUGCGGAUGCAGAAAUGGAGGACAAUGUAGAAGAUCAGGGUGAAGGAGAUGCCACCGGUGAAAAGGACAGCGGGGAUGAGGAGGUGGGAAACCUGCAGCUGGCCUGGGAGAUGUUAGAAGUUGCUAAAGGGAUCUACGAAAGGAGUGACGCCAAGGAGGAUCAGCUGAUGGUGGCUCAGACCCACCUGAGUCUGGGUGAAGUUUCUGCUGAGUCAGGGAACUAUACGCAGGCUCUUGAAGAUUUCCAGGGAUGCCUGAAGCUGCAGCUGAAGCACCUGGAGUCUGACAGCCGCCUGCUGGCUGAGACCCACUACCAGCUGGGUGUGACCUACAGCCUGAACUGUCAGCACCGCGAGGCCACCGAGGCUCUCAACAACUCCAUCUCUGUCAUAAAGAGCCGGCUGGAAAAACUGCACGGGUUGCUCGACAAAGCUGGAGGUCCAGAAGCUCUGCCGGAUGAGAGAAAGGAGCUGGAGGAGCUGGAGGCUCUGCUGCCAGAGAUCCAGGAGAAGGUGGAGGACGCCACGGAAGUCUUGAAGACGACGAGCGUUGCUGCUGAGGCUGAGAAGGAUGAUCCGGUAAACUCAACAACCACAGCUCCGGUGUCUGACAUCUCCCACUUGGUCAGAAAGAAGAGGAAACCAGAAAGUCCAGUAAAGGAGGCGAACGUCAAGAGGGUCAAGCACGAAGGUCCAGAACCUCUCACCACCAAGGCUCACAAAGCUAACGGAGGUUCAAACGGACAUGCUGAGAACGUCGAGGUGACCUCGUAA